GAGCUCGCUAGCUGCGCUCUGAAGCCCACACCCUCACAAAUCAAUGUCUUAGUCAGUGGGGAAGCCUCCUCACACUCCAGUGCAAGGCUGAAGACAGUUGUUAAGUGGAAGUUCUGGAUAUGAGGAUAACCGGGCACAUACCCAUAUCUGCACUUUUGUGGGUGCUUCUGUCAGUACAGGGAAAUGGAGAACAAUCACAGACUGUCUACUUCCUUCCCGAAUUUGCACUUUCUCCACAGGGGAGUUUUCUGGAAGACACAACAGGAGAGCAAGUCUUGACUUACCGCUAUGAUGAUCAGACGUCAAGAAUCACACGUUCAGAUGAAGACAAAGAUUCUGGCUGGGAUGCAUGGGGAUCUUGGAGCGACUGUUCAAGAACUUGUGGUGGGGGAGCCUCCUACUCUUUGAGACGGUGCUUAAAUGGCAGGCGCUGUGAAGGGCGGAACAUUAGAUACAAAACCUGCAGCAAUGUGGAUUGCCCCCCUGAAGCGGGUGACUUCAGACAUCAGCAGUGCUCCGCGCACAAUGAUGUGAAAUACCAAGGACAGUAUUAUGAGUGGAUUCCCCUCUACAAUGACCACGAAGCUCCAUGUGCACUGAAAUGUCAGGCUAGAGGGACAUCUUUGAUUGUGGAGUUAUCACCAAAAGUUCUGGAUGGUACCCGAUGUAACACUGAAUCCUUGAACAUGUGCAUCAGUGGAAUUUGCCAGGUGGUGGGCUGUGAUCGGCAACUUGGGAGUAAAGCCAAGGAAGACAACUGUGGAGUUUGUGCAGGCACUGGUUCAACAUGCAGACUUGUACGAGGACAGUCCAAGUCACACGUGUCUCCUGAAAAAUUGGAAGACACAGUGAUUGCAGUUCCAUAUGGGAGUCGCCACGUGAAAAUCACAGUGAAAGGGCCUGCUCAUCUUCAUAUAGAAUCAAAAACACUACAAGGACAUAAAGGAGACCACAAACUAAAUGCUUCAGGAGCAUCAGUCAUUGAGAAUACAACCAUUGAGUUUCAGAAAAACUCUGAUAAAGAAGUUCUGAAGAUACAGGGCCCACUUGGUGCUGAUUUUAUUAUCAAGACCAGAUAUGUUUCUUCGAGGGACAGUGUAGUCCAGUUCAUGUUCUAUCAACCAAUCAGCCACCAAUGGAGAGAGACUGAUUUCUAUCCAUGCACUGCAACGUGUGGUGGAGGCUAUCAGCUUAGCUCUGCAGAGUGUGUGGACAUACGUUCAGGUCGUGUUGUUCCUGAGCAUUCCUGCAAUUACUAUCCGGAAAAUAAAAAGCCCAAGCCCAAACUGCAGGAGUGCAAUAUGGAUGAUUGUCCAUCCAGUGAUGGCUUCAAGCAACUUGCAAUUUAUGACCAUUUUCAGCCACUUCCUCGUUGGGAAAGCAACCCUUGGACUGCGUGUUCAGUUUUCUGUGGAGGUGGAAUACAAACUCGAAGUGUGCCUUGUGUCGAAGAGAACAUGUAUGGGGAAAUUAUUCCAGUGGAGGAAUGGAAGUGCAUGUAUGCCUUUAAACCAGUAAUGAUUCAGAACUGCAACCUUUUUGACUGCCCGAAAUGGAUUGCCAUGGAAUGGUCACCAUGCACUGUCACAUGUGGCCGAGGUCUGCGAUAUCGAGUUGUGCUGUGCAUAGACUACCGAGGGCAACACACUGGUGGAUGUAGUUCACAACUCAAACCUCACAUAAAGGAGGAGUGCACUGUGCCAAUUCCAUGUUAUAAAACAAAAGAAAAACUUCCUGUGGAAGCUAAGGUACCUUGGAUUAAGCAAGCACAGGAACUGCAGGAACCAAAAGCUGCAUCUGAGGAGCCAACAUUCAUUCCUGAGCCCUGGUCACAAUGCAGUACUUCUUGCGGAGUUGGUGAACAAGUACGGAUGGUCAGGUGCCGUGUCCUGCUUACAUUCUCCCAAACGGUGGAGGAGCUUCCCGAUGAGGAAUGUGAAGAAGAAAAGCCACCCACUGAGCGAACGUGUUUCUCUGCUCCAUGUGAAGGUGGUACUGCAACGUAUGAUUUGGAGGUGGCUUCCUAUGGUUGGGAUGACAAUGAGAUGGAAGAACAAUUUGACUGGGAAUAUGAAGGUUUCACCCCAUGCUCAGCUUCCUGUUUAAGAGGGAAACAGGAAACUAUAGUUGUGUGUCGAAACAAACAAACACAGGAAAAUGUGGAUGACUCUUUGUGUGACAAUUUCAAACGGCCUCCACACAUGGUCCGAACUUGUGGGACUGACCCUUGUCCUCCCAGCUGGGCCACAAGACCCUGGAGACAAUGCAGUGCCACUUGUGGAGUUGGCAUACAGACAAGAGAAGUUUAUUGUAAACGUAUGGUGGCACACACCACUGAGGACUCCAUCAAAGUUGCAGAUGAGGAGUGUUCUGAUCCAAAACCACCUGAAUUACAGGCCUGCAACCAGUUUAACUGCCCUCCAUCAUGGCAUACAGGAGAAUGGCAGCUGUGUUCACAAAUAUGUGGAAGAGGGGUGCAAUCUCGUAAAGUCAUGUGCAAACAGCUUUUGACUGAUGGUAGUUUUCUUACUGUUGCCGAUGAGCUCUGCCUUGAUCACAAGCCACAGGUGCAGCAGCCUUGUGUGAACGCUGAUUGUCCACCACACCUAGCAUUAGGGAAAUGGUCCAAGUGCUCUGUGAGCUGUGGUGAAGGAAUCCAGAGCAGAGAAUGGGUCUGUCGUAAGCUGUCAACAACUGGCCAGCUAGUCACAGUGGACCAUAAUUUAUGCAAUGGUCUCUCCAAACCACCAGUGAUCCAGGUCUGCAAAAUGCCUAAUUGUAAAGAGCUCAAAAAGAAUGCAAAAACAAAGAUGCCACCAAAGCAAGCUAUCCGUAACCCUCAAAUUCUCAGUGUGCACAGAGUCUAUAUUCAAACCAGACAAGAAAAGCGGAUUCACUUUACUAUAGGUGGUCGGGCCUAUUUGCUUCCAAAAACCUCAGUUGUGAUUAGGUGCCCUGUAAGGAGAUUCCAGAAAUCAUUGAUCAGAUGGGAAAAAGAUGGAUACCGUCUACAAAAUGCAAAACGGAUUGGAAUCACAAAAUCAGGAUCAUUAAAGAUUCAUAACCUUGAAGCAAGAGAUAUUGGCGUGUACAGUUGUAUUGCAGGGCCUAUUCAAGACACAUUUGUCCUCAAGUUGAUUGGCAAUGACAAUAGAUUAGUUGAACCACCCUCCUCCACUAAAGCAAAAAUGAGACAAAAUAUUGGGCCAGAGAAGAUGAAUCACAAUGAAUCUAACAGACUGGAAGAUAAAUGGAGUCAAAUGAGCAAGAUGUGGCGAAGUUGGAGCAAAAAAAAUGAAUUUUAUGUGGAUGGUAGCCAAAUGGAAGAUAAUGUUUUCCUGCGUCUACUUGGAAAUCAUCUGAUUUCUCGAGGAAAGAUUAACUUUGCGGAGUUGUAUGAUUCUCAGGAGCUUUAUGAUAAGCAUGUUGAAAGUUCCAUUUUCCAAGGAGCCUACAGCAUGGAUACUGCACAGUUCGAAGAGAUCUUACGAAAUAUAAGCCUGUGGAUUGAAUCCGGUGAACUACCUGAAGCUUUUGCGUCACAGCUCAUGUACCAAUUAGCAGCUGAGGUGUCCAGACCACAGGCAACUCUGGAGAAAUGGAAGGCACCUCUUGAUGAUAAUGCAACAAACUCAAAAUUUUUAGACAAAACCCGUAACACAUCAGAAACAUCCAUCAAUAAAGAUACCCAUCAACAGAGGGAGAAACAGAAGCCUCCUAUUAUUGUGAGAAAGAAGCAAGCUCCUGUGCUGCCUCAGAGAGAUGUCACUAUAGCAAUCGGAACACUGGCAUAUCUGGCAGAAAAUAUUUCCAGUGUAACACUGGUUUGUGAAGCUGUUGGAGUUCCUGAGCCAGAGGUCACUUGGAUGAAGGAUGGAGUACCAGUAAAAUUUACUAAAAGGACGUUGCUGCUUGAUUCUGGAAGACUUCAGAUCCAGAAUGUCACAAGCCAGGAUGCUGGUCUUUAUGGAUGUACAGUGAGCAAUGAACUUGGAACAGAUACUGAAACCUCGUUACUACUGUAUUCAGAAGCCCCAGUUAUUGGAUCGUCUAGCAAAAAUGUCACAAAUCUUGCAACAUGGCAUCUAACUGCAGUUGUCGGGAGUGCUUUAUUUGUCAGACUUGGGGCAACGAUCACCAUUAUUUGUCCCGUUGUAGGUAUGCCUGAACCAAAGGUUAUAUGGCGAAUGAGGGAUGGCUUGUUGGGUGGCAAUUCUGUUCUCCUUCAGAACGGCUCUCUGGUGCUGAAGAAUGUGACACUUGCAAAUCGUGGAACUUAUGAUUGUAUUGCCACAAAUGAAAUUGGACAAGCCACUGCAUCCACGUUUCUGAAACUAGCUGAGCCAAGAACUGCUCUUCCGAUUGUAGCAAACCAUCAACUUAAAGAAAGGAAGCGUGUCUUAAUGGCAUCACAAGCUGGCUCUCCAAUUACAGUUAAACAAGGAGAUGUAUUCCGUGUAGGUUGUCCAGUGUCUGCUAAACACAAAAUGACCAUCAGCUGGUAUUUUGGGAAUCAAUCCAUUCAUACAGUCCUGGGACUUGAAUAUAAAGUGUUGGCUCGGGGGCGUGUCCUUGAAGUGAACACAGCCUUUAAGAGGUUGGCAGGGCAGUACAAAUGUCUGGCAUCCAAUGAUACACAGUUGCUUUCUGCCUCAGUGAAUGUGAGCUUCAUAGAUUUCAUGUGGGUGCUCGGCAACUGGGGUGCCUGCACUGCAACCUGUGGCAACGCAGGAGUCCAACAACAGAAACUGCUCUGCCUGAAUACAAAUGGAAUUGAGGUGAAUGAGUCAGCAUGUUAUGAACUUCCCAAACCUCCCUUGCUGACUGAACCAUGCAACACUCAGGAUUGUCCAGCCAGGUGGGUUGCGACGACAACGUCAGACUGUUCAGUCUUGUGCGGGAAAGGAAUCCGCCAACGACGAGUGACAUGUGAGCAAUUAACGGCAACUGGAACAGUAAAAACAUUAUCUCCAGUGUAUUGUUCAGACAGCACAGAACAGCCCGCUGAAAUAGAGGAUUGCUUAAUGCAGCCUUGUGUAGGGUGGAGCAGUCCAGCGUGGGGACAGUGCUCUGGUCGUUGUGUGGGUCACAAUAUUGCAGUACAACAUCGUCAAAUUGUAUGUCAAUAUACAAAUGGAGCUUCAGCCACAGAAGUUGCCUGUGACAAAGCGAAGAGACCUGCCUCUGCCAGAAAAUGUAAGUCAAGUAAAUGCAACGUGGAGUGGAGAGUGGGACCGUGGAGACAGUGUGCAGCAACAUGUGGAAUUGGUUUCCAGUCUCGCCGUGUCACUUGCAUCCACAAGAGAAGUAAUGAGACUGUGGCUGAUCAGUAUUGUGGAUGGAGGAAACGACCAACUACAUGGCAACGUUGUAAUCUAACCUCUUGUGACACUUCAGAAGGAGGAUGUCUGGAUACAACACGCUACUGUGCACUUGUCAAAAGACUGAGGCUGUGCCAUCUGAACACCUACAAGCAGAGAUGCUGCGAAUCCUGCAGAAUGCUUUAAGUAAUGUAAACCACCCUCCAAUGGAUCAUAAUCAAUCUGUCAUAGACUGUGAAGGGAUUUAUACAGAACUUCAUGUUGGUGAACUGACUGCAGUUGAACAUGGUGCAAGUUGAACGAGAAGGAUAUUUUUAAUAUUGUUGUAAAUCUGCUUGUACAUACAGAAAUUCACAAAGUGUGUCCUUGAUAUUUGUUAUAUUAGUCAAAUGUGUACUGGUUGAAUUUUAA